AUGGUGCUCUUCCCUUUGGUUGGGGGUGCUGGCAGCUAGAGGGAGGGGCAGAAGAGGAGGGGUUCAGAAGGCAGCAGCCUCCAGAGGACCGAGAUGGUACAGAGAAGGAAGACCCCCAGAGACCUUCCCAACAGACUGGCACCCCUAUGUCAGAGUCCAACCCUAGCGGCCCUCCUCAUGCUAAUGUUGAUGCUGAUGCUGCCCCCAGCCCUCUCCAGUCCUGGCCCCAGGGUGCCCCUCAUUGGAACCCUUAGACCUGGUGCCCAGAUCUUGCCUGAGGCAAUCCCUGGUACCCCCAAGCCCCUGAGAGGAGGUCGAGGCCCAAAACCAGUGCUGUCACCCCUGCUACAGGGCCAGGGCCAGGCCCAAGGCAAGCCAGGCCAUCGCGAAAGAGGCCGAGGCCAGAAUCAGGGCCAGGGCCACAGGAGGGCAAAGCUAGAUUGCCACCUGCGCACAGAACUGGUGAAGGUGCAUGAGCUGGGCCUGGGCCAUGACUCUGAUGAGCUGAUCCGAUUCCAGUACUGCAGCGGGGCCUGCCCAAAGGUCCGCUCCAACCAUGACAUCAGCUUGGCACACCUGCUGCGCUCCGGCCGUCUACGCCUCUCUGCCCAGCCUGGGAGAGGCUCUAUCAGGGUACUCAGCCACCCCUGCUGUCGACCCACAGCCUACAAAGCCGUCUCCUUCAUGGAUGUCAGCAACACCUGGAGGACAGUGGACAGCCUCUCUGCUGCUGCUUGUGGGUGCCUAGGCUGA